AAGCAUCUCCACCUUUCCUCUCAAAAUUCCCAUAACCCCACCACCCAAUAUAUCUCCUCAUUUGAUCAAUACUACUACUAUCAAUCACUACUAUAUAUAUAUAUAUGUAUAUUUAUUCAUCAUGAACAUCAUGAAUGAGAGCAAAAUGAUGAAGAGAGACGGUGGCGACUCCGACGAUGAUGAGCUGGCGCCCGACGAGGAGAAGCGGAAGAGGGUCGCCGGCGCCAAGAAAGGCGGCGGCGACGCCUCCAUGAAGAGCUGCCAGGCUGAGAAGUGCUCCGCUAAUCUCGCCACCGCCAAGGUGUACCACCGCCGCCAUAAGGUCUGCGAGCACCACGCCAAGGCGCAGGUCGCCGUCGUCGCCGGAAUCCGCCAGCGCUUCUGCCAGCAAUGCAGCAGGUUCCACGAGCUCUCGGAAUUUGAUGACGCGAAGAGGAGCUGCCGGAGGAGGUUGGCCGGCCACAACGAGAGGAGGAGGAAGAAUCCGGGCGAGGGUUCACAGGCAGAAGGGUCCACUAGCGGCCGGAUCAAGGGCAGCGGAAGCACGACGACGGUGAAGGAGUUGGUGUGUGGGCAAGUGGAUGAUAGGGGAAGGAUUCAAAUGAGUGUCCAAGAAAAUUCAACCUACAAACAUUUCCAUGUCCGAUAAAUUCACCUAGCUCCCUCUCUUCUGUCAAUAAUCUAAUUAUAAGAAUUAUUGAGCUGAUCUCGAGCUUAAUUAUUUUAUAAUCAAUAAACGAGGAUAAUGAAUAAAGUACGGGAUGUGUGUUGCUCA